UCUGUAGACAAGGAAACAAACGGAAAGGUUUAGGUCACUGGUGCAGGAAAGGGUGGAUCUGGGCAUCACACCUCCGUUUCGCCUGACUCCAAAGCCCGACUUUGCACUCACAGUGAUAUUCCUGGAUUGUGUUUCAGCUGCUGAAAUGCAUAUAUUGUUCCAGUAUUGUAUAGUCAUCAUGGUCCCAACACCUGUCCACCUUGAAAUGGAGGUACUCAGCAACCUUGGAGGGUUCUAAGAUUUUGUGUCUGUCCUCUGAUGAGCUGCCCUGAAGCCAACAGACCUGGAGUCCCUUGGCAUGGAAGGCUUGCCUCAGAACCAACAGCCAAGCAGGACUUCAGUGUCCAGGGCUCCCCCCGUGGAGCGGUACUUUGCCAUGUUAGAGAGCCUUUGCAAGCAACCCCACCACCCAAAUUAGGUCUCUACCUGUCUCACUGGUGACCAGGUAUUACGAAUUGAGAGGCAAGCAGAGGAAGUGCUUUUAGUAGCUGCAUCACAGCCGUAGCACUGACCAGACCCCACUGGUGAUUUGAAGCCCAGUAGCCCAGGGACUGCAGUCCGACUCUAACUAGGUGUCUCUCUGUUCUUCGGCGUGCAUGUCUGUACACUGUGGGUGAGCAAAGUGCCUGUGUCAUCAGCCUCCCCAGCCUUGAGAGGUGUGUCCUGACCAAACACACACACAUACACUUAAGUAGGGGUAAGAGGCCCUGCUCUGUGUCCCUAAGGUACUGUGAUUUCAAUUCUGCCACCGCUCUUCUCACACAACGUGCGGUGGUCAUCUGCUUGCAGACUACACCCUGUGUGAUCCCUGUGUCCCCACUGAGUCCAGUGAACUGACACAUGAAUUCGGGUGGUGCUUAGAACAUGUUUCUUCAGCGAAGGAGGGACCUUCACCCAGGGUCCUUCAUCCCAAAGGGCAGCUCGUGUACCGGUUAUGACACAGGAGGAUGGAGUAAACGGGACAUCUCUGUACUCAGAUUCUCUGUGAGGAGGAGGAAGAUUGGAUCUUUUGUACCAUCUCUAAUUCCAGAAACUUAAAGAGGCUAUAAAGGGAUUUUCAAUGUGUGGGUCACUGUUGCCCCAUCGGCCACAGUUCUGGUCUCACAGUGGAACUUGGGUCAAGAUCCUUGGAGCUCCAGGCAACUCAGAGAAUGUUUUCCAAGCCCCGAGCGACUGGUGCACAGAGUAGGUGCCCACAGUGAUCUGUCCAGUAGAUGGAUUGUUGAGUGAAUUAAGGCUGCUAGUUAAAUAUGGGAUGCUCUGGCAAGAGCACAAAUCGCCUUGGGGGACGGGACAUGAACACACGGGUGAAGGCUGUGUCAAUCCAGGUGACUGCUGUCAGCCUCACAAGAAGGCGCUCCUCCUCACUGUCCUUCCAGCUCUUUGUCCAAACCUGCCUCUUCUCUAAGUGGUCCUCUCCAUGUCCCUUCUCUGCCUAACUUACAGCCCGAUACAGGCUGUCAUUCGGCAUCUGUGAUCCUUGGGUGUCCUUUGCAGUCCAGCUGACUGAACAGAAGCUGGCUCAGCACAGCAGGAUCUAGUGCCUGUCACCCGUUGUUCUCCCCUGCUUUCUGUUAGGCUCUCACUCCCUUCCCCUACCCCCCAGCUGCUCCAGCCUUCUGGCAGUAUCUGCACUGUUUCUGGAAGCCUCUGCCUCAGACACUUCUUCCCAACUGUUCCCUCUUGACAGGAAAGUCCUGACCCCAGAAAUGUGCUUGUCAGAUUCCUCUCCCUGUUCACAAUGUUUGUUGAAAGGUCACCUCUUCGUGAACCCUGAAUUCACACCCUUGGGGAUACUUUCUAGGUUCUGCUUUUGGGGCUGACAGAUCAUCUGGAGAGGCAUUGCCAGCAAACGUGCGGGCGCCUGGGUCUAAGAGCCAAAGAGUUUGUCUAGAACCAAAGAGAAGAACCUGGAGAAUGUCCUGGUAUUCUGACUAAAAGGCAGAGGGGCACCCAAGAAAACGGGAGGUCAAAUUAUCACCGAAGGCAGGCCAGCCCCUGAGCAGCUCCUCAAAUGAGUGGAAUUGUGUUCAUGCAUCACUUGUAGCCUGAACCAUGGGCCCUGAAUGCUGAGGGAAGAUCCCUGCUCUCCAGUAGCCAUAGUCUGACCAGAAACUCAGAGGAUAAGGCCCUGCCUGCAAUAGCUGAGUGCCUGUUGUCUUUGGGGCCACUAUGUCCAGACCUGGCCAUGCAGCUUCUGUUGUUCUAAGAUGGGGAUGGCAGUACCUGCCUUCCUUGCUUCCAGGGCUCUUCUGACAAACACAGGAUGGAAAGCGCGCGCGCACACACACACACACACACACACACACACACACACAAAGAUCAGAGAACUGGAAAGAACCUAGGUCCUUGAUGGCGUCACCAGACCCCAGAAUAUGCCCCGCCUGCACCCACCCUUACUUCUGAUUUCAUUCUGUGUGAUUGUGAAUUGCCUUUGUGAUUAGACCUGUUUGAGGAGGGGUUUCCUCUUUACUCACAGCACAAAGCAGACUUCUGGAUAUGGGGAGCAUCGUGGGGUUUGGUUUUCUUUUCUGUGGGAGCCAUGUCGUGUCGUGGGUAAGGGCACAAGCUCUGUUCCUAAACAACCUUCCUUCCAACUCAGUUCUGCCACUUGCAGUCCUGCCAUUUUGAGAAGUGUACCUGGCCCUGUGCCUUACUAUCCUCACCUGUGAAAUGGGCUUAUUAUUCUUAAUAGUGACAAUACCAAGCAGAGAGGGUUGCAUUUGUGAAUACAUAAUGAGGUAAUGCAAGGAUGGUUCACAGAAUUGCAUCUGCCACAUUCCCUAUCUUUACACCUACUGAUGCUGCCAUGGGAGAGGUGGCAGGUCAGGCUUUACACCACGUGAGCUAGAGCAAAGAACAUAAAGAUCACAUUACACGUCUGUGUUCAGCCCUAGAAACUCUCCUCCUCUGCCACACAUUCUCAUCCUUUGCGUCAUGCACGGACGAUCCGUCACCAGAGGGCUGACUCUCCCACCUGCGGACCACAAAUACACACCGUCUUACACUGUGUGCAUCAAUCCAGUACGCUCCAGUUAUGUCCUCAGAUAGCCUGCCCUGGUCCUGGUGCCGGGGUGGGGGUGGGGGGUACCCCAGGGCAGGUAACGGAGCACACGAUGUUCCCUUACACCCACACGGCAUCGGAAGCUGUCUGCAUCCUAGUGCCUGCCUUUCUUUCCAGACUCACCUCCCUCCGCCCUAAAAUUCGGAUUACACUCACACUGGAUUCCAGGGCAGACCCUGCCACUUCAGUCUCUCUCCUUCAGCCUCAAAUUCCUCCUGGUUAAAGGCAAUAAUCCUGCCUACUCAAGGUUUGUUGGGAGACCUCCAGGAGACAACAAAUGUAAAACACCUAGCUGACGUUAGCUGGCACAUGGAAGGCACUGGAUAAUAAACAGCAUUAUCUGUUUCGCUUCUUUAAUCCACAGCACCUGGAAUGCAAAGGUCUGGGUCCUUCUGGCCACACACCUCCCUUGCUAGCUUCCAGCUCUUUGAUAACCUUUGUCUUCAGCUUCCUGUCUAGACCAAGGGCCAGGUGGAGCUGUGAGCAUGGACCACACCUCCAUGGAUCCACUCCGGAAAUGCAGCUCAACACUGAUUUCUGAGUCUUCCCCAAUGAUCUCUGAAGAGACCUCCCGGGAAGUCACGGCAGCCUCCUCUCCUUCCUUCUCGGAACUGCUUAUGAUGGGCCUGGGUGACCUCAAAACCAGUCCUGGCACCAAAUACCCUGCCCCUCUUCCAGAGGGGCUGCUCCAGCAGCGCUACAGAGAUGAGAAAACCCUACAAGAGAGGCGGUGGGAAAGGUCAGCGUCCCCUCAGAGGAAGAAAACCCUUCUGGGGCACAUGAGACGGCGGCACCUCGAUCAGGUGGCACCUUAUCGGGUGGAGAGGAAAGCCAGGAUCUCCUCCUCAGGUGAUAGAGAUCAGAACAGAUUCAGAUGUGAAUGUCGAUACUGCCAGAGCCAUAGGCCAAAUGUCUCUGGGAUGUCUGCAGAGAGGAAAGGGGCCCCCCAUGCUUCCUCCUGGGAGACACUGGUACAGGGCCUCAGCGGCUUGACCCUCAGCCUGAGCACCAGCCGACCUGGCCUGCUGCCCGAAGGGGUGCUCCAGCAGCAGGAAAGAGACGAGAAGCUCCAACUGGAGAUGCAGCAGGAAAGCAAAAGGAUGUUUCAGAGGCUCCUAAAGCAGUGGUUGAAAGAAAACUGAGGCUCUCAUCCUCACGUGACACAGGUCUGAAUGGCUACAGACAUGAUCCUGAGCGUGGAUUUCUUUUGGGGACCAACCAGUAAGCAGUCGUCAGAGAAGUGACAAGAGCAGCGUUGAUGACUGAAAAUUCGAUCGGCGUGAGCCCUCAUCCAAUCCCAGGAAGGUCCUGUCUUUCCUACCUUGAAUUUGUGGAUCCCUGUGGGGCUUUCUAUGGGACACCGCAUACCCCAGGGGUCCACAACUUCCUUAUUAUGGCUCCCGUGAUGCAUGUUGUCACUUUCCCACCCCGAACUCUGCCUCUCCUCCCUGCCUUGUUGUCAGUACAGUAGAGAGCUUCUCUGUAGCAUGAAUGCCCCAUUGAUGAUGGCCAUGUGCUUUUGUGCCAUUUCACGGACUGCCUCCCAGCAGCAGCACUAGUCUGCUGGAAUGGACGUGUGCUGAACGGAGAUCCACUUUCAAGAGACUGAUGCUAAAGGAGGUGCAGAAAGGGACAUGGAACUGGAACUUGGUGGUUCACUAUUGUGUUGUCUGUGUAAGCCGUUAUGAGUAUGCUGAGCUAAAUGUAGAACAUUGUUUCCCUGCUUUGUAACACGGAUGGUAUUCCCCUCGAAGGAAUUUCUGACCCGUUACUUCAUCAUCCUUGCCAAAUAAAUAUACAUAUAAAAAAAACCUAA